GCCAAUCAUUGGCUGGAAAUGUAUGGUUGGAUGCAUUGAAUGCAAUGUUUUUCAACUAAAAGAAAAGCAUUGAAUCUGUAUUUACUUAAUACAAGCGAUACUUAAAUUUUUUUUAAUAAUUAUUUGAUGACCCGCGAUCUGCUUGACCUGAGUUGACGAUCGUCUUCUGUUGUUUCUUCUGUUUUUUUCUGGCGGCGGAUAUGUCUUUUGGAUGACUUUGUUUGGGGUUUUUUUAAGUCACAAAUGAACGAAUCGGUGGUCAAACCAGCAGUCGUUGUGGCCAACAAUCUGAAGCCAAUUGUAGCCUCAAAUCACUCAAUGAAUGGAGAAAUGGUUGUCCAAACCCAAAGCCAAUCCAAUCACACAACAAAUCCGAUGUCGUCGAUACCAAUCAAAUUGAGUGCCGACUCCCGUCCGCUACCCUCACAGCAACCGCCGCCGUUGUCGCACCAAACGGCUGGUCAGCCACCAGUAAAACCUCGUGACUAUAAACUAAUAGCGGAUCCGGCACUAAAAAAAGGUGCAGCGCUUAAAGUCUAUCGAUACGAUGGAGUGGUUCCCGGGAAGGAAGCGGUUUAUUCAGCGGUUCAGGUGAAGGAUCCACGAAGACCUCCCAUUUGGAAUCACAUCGAAGCCGCGGAACUGAUUUUUCCCAAAUUUAAGAUUGACAGCAAUUAUGUGGGAACUCCGCCGCCGCUGGAGGUGUCCAUUACGAAUCUGAACGAUAAUAUAAAUAAAACAUUUUUAGAAGAUUUAUUAAAAAAAUUUGAUCUCAUCGAUGAAUUAGAAGUUUUAUAUCAUCCAAAAACCAAAAAACAUUUGGGUUUAGCGCGAAUCAGUUUCAACUCGACUUCUGGCGCCAAAGCCUGUGUAGAUAAGUUGGACCAGACGUCAGUGAUGGGCAAUAUUAUCAACGUUUUUAUUGAUCCAUUCGGCAAAGAAGUUACGUCAGCUUUCGAAGCGAUAGUAAAUCCGCCACCAGUUAUACCUCAAAUACCAACCACACAACAACCAUCCAUAGAUGCAAACUUUUUAGAUCCAAAUACAGCAUUAAAUCCAGAAGUAGAAAGUGUACCGUCAGUAUCGAUGACUGUCAACUCAUCAAUUCCUGCCACCACUCCUUCCAAUAGUUCCGAUUAUGGGUACGCCACUGACGGUAGACUAACUGCAAGCGCUAACUAUUUAUCAACAACACAUUCAUCUCAUUCGACACCACUUAGCUAUGACAGCGGAUACUCCUAUCAACAGCACUACCCUUACGCCACAGACAACGGCAACAACUGUACCGACGGCUUGUGGAACCAAACAACUGGUGCCGUCAACAAUAUGGUAUGGGAUCCGCAAAGCGGACAAUGGAUUGAAAACAACAUAAAACCCGAUCCGUCGUCGCUCAACAAAAGCCUGGUCAGAGAGAGUCUGGACUCGCGUAUAGAACUACUACUGAAACAACAGAGCGCCGGUUUGGGACCCAGUUUUCUGGGUAUUCUUGGAAGUCCACCACUCGAUUUCAAAAGUAGUAGUUCUCCUUUGAAUAGUAAUAAUAAGAAAAACGAGUUCACAGAGUCGGCAAACAGACGGAACAAUCAACGCCGUUCAGACAUGGAUUCAGAACCCAUUCUGGGAACACCUCCGUCACCAUUCUUGAGUGCAUCCGAUUUCAUUAAAUGGCAUAAAAUGACGAAAGCUAUCGAUUCGGGUAAAGAACUGAUUUGGGAAGACAGCGACUACGAUAAUCUGGACGACGAAGAAGAUAUCGAAGAUGAUUCGACACCACUGAAGGAUGAACCACAAGAAAGUAAGAGAUCUCGUAAUAAGUAUAAGAAACGUGUUGAGGAUGACAACGAUGACGAUCGUAUGUCAUUGUCAUCGUUGAGUAGCGGCGAAAAACUGCUGAUAGGAGGUGAGGACACUAGCGAGCCCUCAACUUCUGCCGGUGUUCAUCAUCAGGCAUCUCACCCCAUGUAUCCAUCUGAACACGUCCAGAUGAUGGCACGGUUAGGGCUGUGGAAACCGGGAAUGGGCUCCGAUAUUGAUAUGGUAGCCUAUAAUUCGGCCACCAAUCCGCCUAACUAUACCUCAUCAACAGCCACCACAGCGUUCACCCCAUUUAUGUUUACACCUAUGACUGGCCAGUCAUUUAGCACAACUCAGUCAGCCACCCAUCCCUUUCCACAGCCCUGUUAUUAUAGUAGCGCUGGUUUUAUCCAACAACCAAACAGUUCUCAUUUUCCUUCUCUAUCAACACCAGUAACGCCGACAUCAAAGACACCGCAAAUGUCCCAAAUGAACAACGAGUGGCAAAAACAGACAAACGAAGCAAAUAAGAUACAGAUAACUCGUAAUUCGCUUAAUAUAGUGGUAUCCGAAUUGAAAGAAAUGAUUAAGAAAGACAUUUGCAAAAAAAUGGUCGAAAGCACUGCCUUCAAGCUGUUCGAGAAGUGGUGGGAUGACUGCGAAAACAAGUCCAAGACAUCAGGAGUUAGUUUAUAUAGCAGUGAUAGGUUUUCUAAUAAUAAAUCUCAUGAGUCGAGGCCGACGACGACGACAACAACAACACCAUCGUCUCAAUGGCAAACAAUUCCAUCAUUAUAUGAUAAUAAAGCAGAAUCUGUAAAUACUUUCUCGGGUCUUGGAUUAGGUCUGAGAGCGGCCAUUCCUAAAAUGCCUUCGUUUCGACGCAAAUUCAAAAAGCCAUCUUCGCCUGACCCGACCGAUGAUACUCCCGAUAUAAAAAGGAGCGAAUCGGACGAAGAUAUUGAUAAAUCCGAUGAUAGCGACAGCUAUAGGCGCGAGUCGAGGGCACAGAAGAAUAGAGCGGCCGCUGUUAUCGACGACGACACCAAAUCGUCGAUUAGUAGCUCUAAAAGUGACAGCAGUUCCAGCUCUAGUUCGGACUCGAGUUCAUCGGAAUCGUCAAGUGAUAGUGACUCUUCGUCUUCAUCGUCAGCCUCAUCGUCAUCUUCAUCAUCCGCUUCAUCGUCUAGUUCUUCAUCUGAUUCAUCUGCAUCAUCCGUCACUUCUAGCGCUAAACGAAAAAAGAAAUACAGAAAACAUCGGUCAACUGUUUCAACAAAAGAAAAAUCAGACAAAGAUUUUGCUCAAAGAGAGUCUCAAUUAAAAGCCGAACGAAAAAGUCCUGAAGAAGAAAAUGAUAGUAAAUUAGAUUCAAUUGAUGAUAAAACAGAUAAUAACACUGAAGUAACCACUGAUUUAGAAUUGGAGGCAUCGCAAGCUCUUAUGGCUUUGGCCACUGGUUUUUCAACAGUGGUUCCAAAGAACUUAGUCACAGCAGAGCCCAGUGGUAAGGAUAGUACGACAACAUUAAGCAGAGUUCCUAUGAAUAGUGACACGGAAUCGGCACCAGAAACGGAAGAAUUCGAUAAUGAAACGCCUCAGACGGCGGUUGCUUUCGAUCACAGCUAUUGUAUGCCUGAACCGAAUUUACGAUCACGAGAACCGGCCACCGAUCUCGAUUCAGUGAUCGAUUUGGUCGCCCGGGGAGUCGCUAAAGACAAAUCGAAAGACAAGUCGAAUCAGUUGACAGAUCAUAUGUAUAGUCGAACAAAAGAUACCUCAGCUCAGGCUAAGACCCAGAAGAGACAGUACAAGAAAAAGACGUCGCCUCAGAAAACCGCUCAAAAGUCGUCGCCGACUCCGGAGUUUGAUCACAGCCUAUACGCUGUGGCCUCUGAAUGGCGUAAAGCCAAGAGAGCGCGAACUAAUAUACCGAAUAAUAUAACCGACUCUUUCGUCGAUGACUAUGUCGUUCCCGAAAGAGUACCGACACCGCAACCAGUGUUCAAGAAACGAGAUCUAAUCGAAGAGAUGAACAUUUUAUACGAAUUUUUGGCCACUGGUGUCGACGUCGAAGAUGUUUCUUAUAUGAAAAGAAGUUACGAGAAUAUGCUUCAAGAGGACAACCAGAUCUGGUGGUUGAACGAUAUUCAUUGGGUCGAUCAUCCGGCCACUCAUAUUGCGUCACCAAAGAAGAAACGAAAGACAGACGAUUCUCAGCCACGAAUUCAUCAGACGGGUUGCGCCCGAUCUGAGGGCUACUAUAAGAUGGACUUCUGGGAAAAGGUGCGAAUGUCGCACGUGUCCAACACAUCACUCAAUACGACAAACAAUGAAGACAAUGACUUACCGAAACAGUUGCGCGCCCGACAAGUAGGAACAGGGUCCACCCGAGAGGCCAGAUCUAAUCAACGACGACUUUUGGCCACAGUUGACGCCGCCUGGAGUGAUCUCUUGAAGUUUAAUCAAUUACAGUUCCGCAAAAAACAGCUGAAGUUCGCCAAGAGUCGAAUCCACGACUGGGGUCUGUUCGCAUUGGAACCGAUUGCCGCCGACGAAAUGGUCAUCGAAUAUGUUGGCCAAGGAAUUCGGCCGAUUAUCGCCGAUAUUAGAGAAAAGAAAUACACUGAAUUGGGUAUCGGUAGUUCAUACCUGUUCCGAGUGGAUCUCGAGACCAUUGUCGACGCUACCCGUUACGGAAAUGUGGCCCGAUUUAUAAAUCAUAGUUGCAAUCCUAAUUGUUACGCCAAAGUGAUUACCGUGGAGGGCGCCAAAAAGAUUGUCAUCUAUUCCAAGCAACCAAUCGAAGUGGACGAAGAAAUUACCUACGAUUACAAAUUUCCCAUCGAAGAGGACAAUAAGAUUCCGUGUCUAUGUCUGGCGCCUCAAUGUCGUGGUUUCUUAAACUAAAAUAAUUGAUUGAUCCGAUGAUGACUUGAUUUUUGUGGUUAUUGAUUGU